AUGGCUCCUUUAAUUCCUCGUGGGAUUGUUUCGCCUUCAAAUUCCGAACUUCUUCACAAUACCAUUGGUUUUGUCAUUCCUUCUUUUGUCUUGUUCGGUUUCCGAAUUCUCAAUGCCAUCUGGGUCAUGGCGAAGAUGAGGUUUGAAGAUUGGCUUAUGAGUCUUACUAUGUGCUUCUAUACCGUUCUCUUGGUCUUGAUUAAUGUUUCCGCUCGUUAUGAAACAAAUUUGUUCCCUCCAGAACAGCUGUCGGCAAUUUUAGCUGAUCCUGAGGAUGUCGCUUCACGCGUUUAUGGCUCGAUUAUUGUCAUCCCACUUGAACAAUGUAUGCUUGCUUCUACCUGGUGUGUCAAAGUUUGCAUUUGGUUAUUCUUGUGGCGUCUUUGCCGCAAUCUUCCACAUUUGCAAAUGGCACUCAAGAUUCUCAUGGGAUAUAUCAUUGUUGGAUACGUCGUAAUUAUGUUUGUCUACUACGUUGGUGUCUGCCGUCCAUUCCAACAAUAUUGGGCAGUUCCCGUUCAAGAUAAACAAUGUGCGACUUAUCAGCAUUACUCUAUCGUUCAAAUGGUCUUCAACAUCAGCUCAGAUCUCGGAUUGAUCCUUAUCCCACUUUGGAUGUUCUAUAUUGCACGUUUACCACCCAAGCGCAAAGCUGUCUUAAUGGCUGUUUUCUCCCUCGCUUUAUUUACAAUCCUUGCGGCUAUUUUAAACAAAUACUAUAAUUUCGCCAGUCCUAUGACAACAACUUAUCAACUUUGGUACAUUCGUGAAUCUUCAGUGGCCAUCUGGGUGGGUAAUAUUAUUUGCUGCUGGCAGAUUGUACAAAAGAUCUUCAAAGCUCGCUCCUUCGAUAACCAAAAACAAGAAAUCGAAAUGCACCCGGAAAUGGUUGCUCGUCUGCAAAAUCCCUCAAAUUAUACGGAGAAUGGUAGCCCAAAACCAAAAGAUUGGAUGGAUCAACUCGUUGCUCGUCGAAAGGCUAUGGGGGAAUUCCUCUCUGUUGCAACCCGUUCCCGUUUCACCAAUCGUGGCACUGGUCGUUCUGGUGAACCCUUGAACUCUUACAGUGAUCAAAGAGGUCUUGCCAAUUCUCGUAGUGAUCCAAUCUCAAUGAUGACAAUGGAAAAAGGCGACGAUGAAGCCAUUUCCCCAACUCUAGCCUAUAGAGAAAACGAAAAGAUUGCCUAG